AAACAAAAUUUGCUAAUAAUACACAGUAUCAUUGUGACUUUUUAAUCAGGUGAACAUGAAGCUCUAUACUAUAAAUCCGCUUUACACGUUUCUUUAUUUGGUGAUUGUUUUCGCGGUAUACGUAUCAUCGAUUGAACUUUUUGUACUUGAUGGAAAACAAUAUUUAAAUUAUAAAUAUGAGAUAAUUUUUGGAGGACCCCAAGUUCUAAUGCAGAUAGAUGGAGCUACUUUUGGAGGAGUAAAAAAGGUUAGAACAUUAACGCCUGACGAAAUAUUAGAAUUAAGGGAGAAGAAGAAUAAACAGAAAGAAAUUGAAAAGAAACAAGAAGAAGAAGAAAAAGAAAAGAAGAAACUGCAAGAAGAAGAACGAAAAAGAAAGAGUCAAACACGACAAACGGAAAUUGAAAUGGGGAAAAAACAACGUAAUGAGGAGCAACAAAUACAAACAACAUUUUUCAAUCUCCCAAUUGUGAACACAUCAUUGAAUUUGGAAAUAACGUUGCUGAUAUUAAGUAUUAAAUCUCUUGGAUCUAUGAUUGAUUAUAAUAUAGCCAAUCUAUCAACAUCUAAAGAAAUAUUAGAACUCAAGGAAAGAAGGAAUAAACAGAAAGAAAUUGAAAAGAAACAAGAAAAAGAAGAAAAAAGAAGGGAGCAAGAAGAAAAAAAAAGGGAGAGGAGACAAGAAAAAAAAGAAAAAGAAAGGGAGAGAAAACAGGAAGAGAAAGAAAAAGAAAGAGAGCGGAAACAGGAAGAAAAAGAAAGACAAAGGGAGAGAAAACAGGAAGAAGAAGAAAGACAAAGGGAGAGGAAACAGGAAGAAGAAGAAAGACAAAGGGAGAGGAAACAGGAAAAAGAAGAAAGACGAAGAGAGCGAAAAAUGGGUGAAGCACGUGGAAUAAAAGGAUCAAGACCAGAUACCAAGAUUCGACGUACACUUAGUAAUACACUAUUCGGCCGUUUACCGAGAAGAAAAAACGUAUAA